AUAUAUCGUCCAUCCCUCCUACCAAAUACAAUCGCAAAUUAAGAAUUAUACUCUUAAUUUAUCAAAAUACGGAGUAUGUAUAACACCCUAUUCGUUAACUAACCACCCACCGACACGCAUGCGCUAAAAUGGCAAUAAAAGAGAAAGCGCUAUUGGGUAUUGUUGUGGCAGGGAAUGUUGUCGCAGCAAUUUGUGGGAUCAUCGUUGUCGUACUCCAUGUCGCUCCAAAGGUAGACACCGCAACACAGGUUAUAGCAGGAAUUGGCAUUGUUUGUGCUGUUAUAGCUCUUGGCUUUUUUGGAUGUCAAACUGGCCGCAAAAACCGCAUUUUGCGAUGUUCGGUCCAUGGGUGGCUUUAUUGGAUCACAUGGCUGCUAACCAUCGCAGGAGGGUUAUGUGUAGUGUUUCGAUUAGUUCCAAUCGGUUUUGGAAUUGCUUUUUGCCUCUUCGCCGCGGGGUUUGCUUGGUGGUGCUACUCCAUAAAAGCUGCGGACUCUUCAAAUUAAACGUCAAUUUCGUAGAACAAACUGGCUGGUUGUCCAAGUUUUACAAUUCUAUUUCCUCAAAUACGAAAUUACGUUCUCAAGAAACUAAAGGCUAAUCUAUCUAUUUCAUCAGCAAUAUGUUAGCCUGCCUAGUUUAUGUUUCUGUUUCUCUUUCUCUUGGUAGGAUCCCAAAUCCAAAUCUAGUAAUCAUUAUUAUUUAUUUACUCUACAUCUCCAGUCUUUAUAAAAUUUAAUUAAUACAAGGUCUCAUACCUUGUUACUUUAUAUUAUUAUAGAUAUUCAUGUAACUCUUAUUUUUAAUGGGUAUGAAGCAUUAAAUGUCUAAUUGGAGGGAAAAGCAA